CUCUCUCUCUCUCUCUCUCUCUCUCUCUCUCUCUCUCUCCGUGUGUGUGGAUGGGAUGCGUGAAACUCUGCGAUGAUCCGAGCUAUUGAUUCAUCGCACGGCUUGAUAAAUUGACCCUAGGUGAAAAAUCACAACGAUCGAACGAUCCUAGCCAUACAAAAGACACCGUCCACAUUGUGGAUGGGGCAUAGCUGAAUACGCUGUUUGGACAUUAUUCAUCAUCCAACUGGUGGUGUGAAAUGGACGGCUAGAAUGAAGAUGGUCUAGGGUGCAAAUUCGGUGGGCGAAAUCAGAUGGGUGGGUGGAUAGUUAUGAUCCUCAGUAGUCAUCGCGGGUGGAUUUUUUUUUGUCACAUUCCGGUGGGCUGUCAGAUUGGAAUCCAGGAUCGGAGAGGAUCACAUGCAGAACUGUGCUGAUACAAUCAUAGCAGAAUGGGAGGACUUUGCUCGAGAAGUUCCACCACUGAGAGUACUCUGGGAGGAGGCGUCCCAAACGCCGGUGGACAUGUUGAUCAUGAAUCCAUGGGGCAUCAGCCGCAAGGGUUCUCAUCAAAGACCGUUGGUGAUUUGAAUCCACCAUUUUUUGGGGAAAUUAUGGAUAAGCGGUUACAAGAACCUGUCUCAUUUUCUGAGAGGAAUGCAUCUGAAUAUGGGAAUAACAACCUCGUUGAUGUGGAGCCUGGGGAGCAGCAGUUGGGCAGGGCUCUGUCGUACAAGUCUAGGUCAACUAAGUCGAAGUCGGCAGCAGCUGCAAAAAUGGGUACAGCCAAGGUAUCAGAAAUGAGCUUCCUGUUGGGUAGAGCAGGCACUGUUGGGCUUGGGAAAGCAGUGGAAGUAUUGGAUACACUUGGGAGUAGCAUGACGAAUUUGAACCUCAAUAGUGGAUUUGCCUCAGGGGUGACAACAAAAGGCAAUAAAAUAGCUAUUUUGGCUUUUGAGGUUGCUAACACAAUUGUUAAGGGUUCCAAUCUCUUGCAAUCCCUCUCUGAGGAAAACAUAAAACAUUUGAAAGAAGUGGUGCUUCCUUCUGAAGGUGUUCAAUUUCUAAUUUCCAAAGAUAUAGAUGAACUACUAAGGAUUGCUGCUGCUGACAAGAGGGAAGAGUUGAAAGUAUUUUCGAGAGAAGUGGUUCGCUUUGGAAACCGUUGUAAAGAUCCUCAAUGGCACCACUUAGAACGCUAUUUUGACAAACUGGGAUAUGAACUUGUUCCUCAGAGGCAGUCGAAAGAGGAGGCUGAAGCAGUGAUGCAACAUUUGAUGACUUUUGUUCAGUAUACAGCUGAAUUGUACCAUGAGUUGCAUGCCUUGGACAGAUUUGAACAAGAUUAUCGGCGGAAACUUCAAGAAGAGGAGAACUCAAAUGCAGUUCAGAAAGGAGACAGCCUUGCAAUCUUAAGAGCUGAGCUAAAAAGCCAAAAGAAGCACGUAAAGAGUCUAAAGAAGAAAUCACUUUGGUCCAAGAAUUUGGAAGAGGUCAUGGAGAAGCUUGUGGACACUGUCCACUUCCUACACGUAGAGAUCCAUGAUGCCUUUGGGAAUGCUGAUGGUGAUAAACCAGUGAAGGGAUCUCUCAACGAUCAUCAAAGACUCGGAUCUGCUGGCCUUGCAUUGCACUAUGCAAAUAUUAUCAGUCAAAUUGAUACUCUUGUAUCACGGUCUAGUUCCGUGCCUCCAAAUACCAGGGACACUUUGUACCAAGGACUGCCACCUAGUAUAAAGUCAGCACUACGUUUCAAGUUACUAUCAUUUCAGGUCAAGGAAGAGCUCACCGUUCCUCAAAUCAAAGCUGAGAUGGAUAGGACUCUGCAGUGGCUUGUACCAAUUGCCACCAACACAACCAAGGCACAUCAUGGUUUCGGUUGGGUCGGAGAAUGGGCAAACACAGGGUCUGAGGUGAACCAAAAGCUAGCGGGGCAGAAUGACUUAAUCCGGAUAGAGACACUCCACCAUGCAAAGAAGGAGAAGGCUGAAGCAUACAUACUCGAAUUGGUAGUAUGGCUUCACCUUCUCAUCAGCCAGUCACGGUCAGGUGCCAACGGUGGCGUGAGAUCUCCUAUCAAAUCCCCAAUUCGCUCCCCCACCCAGAAGACUUCAACGGCAAUGCUGUUGGUCCACAAGCCGAGCUCGCCAACUUCUGUGCUAACUCUCGAGGACCAGGCGAUGCUACGGGAUGUGAAUUUGAGGAAGUUGACCCCAGGAAUAAGCAAAAGCCAGGAAUUCUUUACUGCCAAGACCAGCUUGAGCACGUAUAAUCGGCUGAGUAAGAGUAGCAGCCAUUCCCCAAUAAGUGGAAAUAAGGAGCUUGAUGAUACAAGGCCUUCAUCCACCAUUCCUGCCAUCGAUUUCGACAUCGACAGAAUCAAAGCGUUGGAUGUCAUCGAUAGAGUGGACACACUUAGAAGCUUGUAAAAUAUAGCAUGGUGGACCCUCACUUGUCUGUGCAUGCAUACAUCAAGCGGAUUCCAUUGGUGAUGGAAUGUAUCAAGAAUCCCACAGAUAUACCAGAUGUGGGCCAUGUUAGGAGAGGAGAUUAUGUAAAGAUAAGUGGAGAUGCUGAGUGAUAGGAGGAUGGAUGUUUUUGUAAGUAGAUGGUAGUAUGAACAUGGAUGAUUUGCAUUGUACAAGAGAAUGAGAGUGGAUUGUUGGGCUGCCAAAGAAAUGUAGGAGAUUGGGUUCUGAAAGGGGGUUUCCUUCUACCA